GUCAAAAGGUAACAAGAAUUAGUCCUUCUACAGCAUUGAAUCAGCCACACAAAUGGCAGCGAUGAUGAAUGAAGAAACAAGCGAUAGCUCCGAAAAUGAUGUUAAGUCUGAUGAUGUUUUACCCACACAGUCGCUAUUGGUUGCAGCAGUCACAAAGAGAGUGCUGCAAGUUCUUUCCAAAAAGGACAAAGAAUGCCAUAAGAGGAGGAAAAGACAGCAGAAAAGACAUGGAUCUAAGAGACAGAGAGCACUUAACACACCAGAAGAAAAUGCAACAUGCAGCGUCAACGCAGUAGAACUUUGGAGAUGUCUGCAAAUUGUAAUAUAUACGGAGCAGCAAAUACAAAGUUUAAGAGAAUGUUUACACUUGUAUAUGAAAGUUAUAGGUCCAAAUGACACAUUCCGGGAUUACAUUACUGGUAGUAGAGGUGAGGGGUUUCAUUUUGAUUGGAGCGACAUUGACAUCUUGAGCACCUCGAUUGCAGAAUAUGUAUCCAUGGACAACAGAUUAAUGCAUCCUAGAUGUAAAUACAUAGCAAUAGAUAAAGACUGCCAGCCAGGAUAUUGUAAGCUUUUAUACAGGGCUAGAAGUCAGCAUACCGAUGUUAAAUAUCGGUAUUUAUCUCGGGAUUCUUUUUUAGAUGAAAAGAUUUACUUUUCCAUCAAUUCAAACUCUGAUAUACAUGUUCAUGGGCCUUGUGUAUCAACUGCACAUGGAAAUCAAAAUGGAUUUGAUGACUGCCACGCAAUUCCAAUUCAUACUGAUUUUUCCAAUGCAUUUUUGAAAAACUUUUCUACCAAAUUUUGGAACAAUGUUAAAACAAAGGUGAUCAACGAAAAUGUAACUGUCAUGCUCUGCAUUUCUAAAGGUCCAGAAAAUGGAGACGACGAGGGACAUCAAUGGUUGAUAUCGUUUUGUGUUCUUGAGCAGUACAUUGUUCAUUCAUUUAAUCACGUCCAGUUCUGUUGUUACGGAUUGAUGAAAAUUCUUCUUCAUUCAGAAAUUGACUCUUGUUCCGACACAAAAGACACCCUUUCUUCGUACCAUUUAAAAACCACUCUGUUCCAUGUUCUAGAAGAUGUUCAUUCUGACUUCUGGAUUCCACAGAAUAUAUUCUACUGCAUACGGAUAUGUUUGACACGAUUGUUGUCGUACGUAGUCAAAAGAUUUUGUCCUCAUUAUUAUAUUCUACUGCAUACGGAUAUGUUUGACACGAUUGUUGUCGUACGUAGUCAAAAGAUUUUGUCCUCAUUAUUUCAAACCUGAGUGUAAUAUUCUAUUGAAGAGGAAAAUCUUAGAAAACAGUAAACAAAUUGAGAAAAAGCUUUUUGGUAUAUUAAAAUUUGAUCUUACGGACUUAUAUUUCUCCGCAUUUUCUUGUUCAUAUAUUUCAAAGACGUCA